AUGGAGGGCACUUCGGUCAUUUCACGUCCCCAACUUGAGCACGCGGCGGUCUUGAUCUCAUGGUCUGAUCUUAGCGAAUCUCGCCGUCGCUUUCUUCCAGGCCUCCGGUCUCCCCAAACAGGUCCUUGCGCAGUGGUUGAUCGGGCUUUGAUGUUGAUGGAAAUGUGCUCUCAAUCAGAUUUGAACCACUGA